UCUCUCUCUCCUCUCCUUCUCUCUCUUCUCUUGUUUUCUGAAGAGAAGAAAUAAAUAAAUAAAAUAAAGGGAAAAAUCUCGAAAUCAGGCGAAUCGAUCGGAGCAGAUGCGGAUUCUUCUUUCAGUAUCUAUCAGGUAGGAGAUCAAAGAAGUGCUAAAUGCACAAAAAAGUUUGCCAUCUUUGGAUUACUUAUUGCGGACCUGUAAAUUAAGGUUUUCUAAAGAUGGGAGGUAUCUGCUACUUUGCAGUCCACAAAUUCGAAAAGAGGAGGAUACAGUGAUUCUUGAACAAUUCUUAUUUCUUCUUUGUUACGUAAGGUCUGCUAUGAUCGUUGGAUGCCUGAAGUUGAUAAGCUUGUAGUGGUAUUAAACUAAUUUCAGGACGUUCUCUGAAUAGUGCAAAAAUGGAUGAUGGUCGACAUGAAAAUGGGAGACACAAGCAGGACUAUUACAGAGGGGGGCCCUCUCCGUGGAACAUGACUGCUCAACAGCAUGUAAAGGAACCAAAUGCCUUAGUCAUGAACAAGAAAAUCAUGUCAAUUAUUGCUGAGAGGGAUGCUGCAAUUCGAGAACGAAAUGCAGCAAUUUCAGAAAAGAAUGAAGCCUUGGCUGCAAGAGAUGAGGCUCUCCGACAGCGAGAUGAGGCAUUUGCUCAGCGUGAUACUGCUCUAAUGGAACGAGACAAUGCCUUUGCAGCCUUUCAUAUCCGGGAUAAUUCCAUGAACUUCCCAUUGGGUGGCGGUGUUCAGCGUGGAUCUAAGCGCACACACUACCCCUCAAAUCAUUCAGUUAACAUGGCUGAUGCUCCUUACAGCACCAAAGAUGUGCCUAUAACUGAAGCCUUCCCAAUUUCAGUUUUAUCUGCUGAAGCUAUCAAGUCACGGCAGACAAAGCGAUCAAAAGAGAAUAAGGCAUCUAAGGCAGCAAGGCCGUCAAGAAAGAAAGUAGGCGAAGAUUUGAAUAGGCAGGCUUCGACCGAUGGGAUAAAGUAUAGAUCUGAGUGGGAUACUCAGGAUUUAGGCUUGAAUCUUGUUUCGUUUGACGAGACUACAAUGCCUGUGCCAGUUUGCUCGUGUACUGGAAUGCCACGGCAGUGCUACAAAUGGGGAAAUGGCGGGUGGCAGUCAUCUUGCUGUACAACCAAUAUGUCGAUGUAUCCACUACCUCAAAUGCCAAAUAAGCGCCACGCCCGGAUGGGCGGGCGGAAAAUGAGUGGAAGUGUUUUUACUAGAUUACUUAGUCGGCUAGCAGCUGAAGGCCAUGAUCUAUCAGUACCACUGGAUUUGAAGGAAUACUGGGCUAGACAUGGCACAAAUCGCUAUAUAACAAUCAAGUAGGUUGUUCAACUAUUUUGGAAUUUGGAAGAUUUUCUGUUCGACGUGCCUUUUAUCUCUAUUGUCUCCCCAUCUCCGUCCUCCCCUCAUGUUAUCUUCAGAAGCAUGUUCCUGUACUGAUGAUUAUUGAACGAUAGCAGAGGGAAAUCUUUUUGAUAAAUGACCAUUACCAUGGUUAGCUGUGGUCUGUCCUAGUUUCUAUGCUCCCACUCCCUAGGAAUGGGAAUUUCGUAGAUUACCACCUGUAGCUCUUUACGGUGUCUGCCCACGGUCGAGCCUAUUCCUAUUUCUGUGAUUAAACAGUAGCAAACUUGAAAGCCUAAAGCUGUCAUUAAUAAAAGCAGCCUGGUUUUUUUGAAAAUUUGGGAAGGAAAUGAGUCUUCCGAUUA